UGGAUUGACAUAUUAACGCGUAAAUGUAGCAUUAGGGGUAAUUAAAAUGUUUUAAAGUCGCCAAGCUCCCUCCUAUUUGACUUCAUUCAUUCCUUCACUCACCACCAAGAAAUAGUGACACUCUCUCUCUCUCUCUCUCUUUGUGUCUGUGCCUAUAAUGGCGGUGAAUAACUUGGCCUUAAUAGUUUAUCUGUUUGCCAUCAUCACUACUACUGUUGUUGGUGAAGAUCCAUACAGAUUCUUCAGCUGGAACAUUACAUACGGCGACAUUUAUCCACUUGGUGUUCGCCAACAGGGUAUACUUAUCAAUGGGCAAUUUCCAGGUCCAGACAUUCACUCGGUAACAAACGACAAUCUCAUUAUCAAUGUCUUCAACAGCUUAGACGAACCUUUUCUAUUAUCCUGGAAUGGAAUUCAGCAGAGAAGGAACUCAUAUGAAGAUGGUGUGUUUGGAACAACAUGUCCCAUUCCUCCUGGAAAGAACUUUACAUACAUACUUCAAGUCAAAGAUCAAAUUGGUAGUUUCUAUUAUUUCCCAUCUCUUUCAUUCCACAAAGCUGCUGGUGCUUUUGGAGGUAUUAGGAUCCUAAGUAGGCCAAGGAUUCCAGUUCCCUUUGAUGAUCCUGCUGGUGAUUACACUCUUCUUAUUGGAGAUUGGUACAAAUCCAAUCACACUGAUUUGAAGGCCCAACUUGAUAAUGGUAAGAAAUUGCCUUUCCCUGAUGGCAUCCUUAUUAAUGGCCGUGGCUCUGGAGGUUCAUCUUUCAAUGUCGAGCAAGGAAAGACUUACAGGCUUAGAAUAUCAAAUGUUGGAUUGGAAAAUUCACUCAAUUUUCGCAUACAAAACCACAAUUUAAAGCUGGUAGAAGUCGAAGGAACACACACCCUUCAAACCACGUAUUCCUCCCUUGAUGUUCACGUUGGUCAAUCAUACUCAGUUCUAGUUACCGCGGAUCAACCCGGUCAAGACUAUUACAUUGUUGUUUCCUCUCGGUUUACUUCUCCGGUACUAACCUCGACCGGAGUUCUUCGCUAUAGCAACUCUGCAGGCGCAGUUUCAGGCCCACCUCCGGGUGGACCUACAAUCCAAAUUGACUGGUCCUUGAACCAGGCCCGCUCCAUCCGGACAAACUUGACAGCUAGUGGACCAAGACCAAAUCCGCAAGGAUCAUACCAUUACGGCAUGAUAAACACAACGAGAACAAUCGUACUUUCAAGUUCAGCUGGACAAGUCAAUGGAAAGCAAAGAUACGCGAUUAACAGUGUCUCUUAUAUUGCCCCCGACACUCCUCUUAAGCUAGCUGACUUCUUCAAGAUAUCAGGUGUUUACCGUCCGGGAAGCAUCUCCGAUAGACCAAGUGGCGGUGGUAUAUACACUGACACUUCUGUUAUGCAAACUGACUACAGAUCAUAUGUAGAGAUUGUUUUCCAAAACGACGAAGACAUUCUUCAAAGCUAUCAUCUUGAUGGCUACUCUUUCUUUGUGGUUGGUAUGGAUGGAGGACAAUGGACAAGUGAUAGCAGGAAAGAGUACAAUCUUCGAGAUGCAGUUUCGCGAUGCACAACUCAGGUAUAUCCAAAGUCAUGGACUGCUAUAUAUAUUCCGCUGGACAACGUGGGAAUGUGGAACUUGAGGUCUGAAUUUUGGGCAAGGCAAUACCUUGGGCAACAGUUUUACUUGCGUGUAUACACAGACUCAACAUCACUGAGAGAUGAAUAUCCAAUUCCUAAGAAUGCAUUACUUUGUGGUAGGGCUACCGGAAGACAUACUCGUCCUCUUUGAUGGAACUACCAACAUGAAUCAAUUCCACUUGGCCUUUUUAGAAUAUGAAAUGAAAAGUAGCUACCUUAUCUGCUUCUUCUUUUGAUUUGAUUUGAUUGUUUAUGGUGUCCGGUUAGGAUUGAAAUGUAUGAUUUGAAUGAAGUAUAAAUGACCCCAACUCAAGGUCACAUUCUUUCCCAUAAGCAAACAAAAACAAUAUAAUCAUAUUCCAUUUGUAAUUUUCUCAUAUUUUAUUGUUAUAAUUACACAGUAAAGGUAAUGAAAAGUUCUGUCAUCCAUUUAGCA